UGGGAAGUGUAACAUCACACAUCGAUUCGGCGGCCCUGCAAGCUCGAAAAACUUUCCGUUUCCGCGUUUCUUGCGGCUGCUGAUGUUUCUUUACAAAGUAAGCGGUAGUUUGUUUUCGUUGGUUUGAUAGGAACGCGUGUGGUGCGGUGUAGAAAGUGACCGUUCUACGAACCGAUGUGCUGAUAGAAACGUGACUGUUGGUUAUGCGGUGGUUCCUGUCACGAACAGCAGCCCUUGUUCAACCCCUGUUUCACGAGUCUCGCUGCGACGAAGGAGGGAAGCUCUGCAUGAUACAAGCGUGGAGGUCACUGCAUUGCGAUUGGCGGCGCUGUAGUAGCGUCGACGAGAUACCAACAAGGACGACUACGGCGGCGGCGGCGGCGGCGGCGGCGGCGGUGACGACGACGACGACGACGACGACGUCGACGACAACGACGACGACGACGACGAGGACGUCGACAAGAACGACGGCGUGAUCGUGUCGCGGGGGUGGUGGGGUUGAAAAUCGGCGCUUGCCCGGUGUCUCCUGUAUGCCUCUAUCUCCCCUCGAUUUCCUUCCCCUUUUUCCAUCCACUGCCCCCUAUUCUCUCUGGCGGCUCUUACUCCUACCCACCACGUGCGUAAGAGGUACGUGUGCGUGCUGUAGCGGCGCGUAGCCACGCACAUGCGAUCCGGAGUAGAGGAGAGAAGGAGCGCAGCACUAUCGACGCGGCUGCGCGUACAACCGGCCGAUUCUACCAGAGAGGGGCUUCGUGUGUAGUGGGGGGCGCGUGUCACCUGUCGUGGCGUUGCGCGGUGUCAGUGUGACGCCGACCGUCGUGAGUUUCGGAUCGUUUCGCGGUGCGUUUCAACAUCACUGAUCGCACGGUGUAUCGGGAUAGACGCAUACGAUCGCGUAUUAUAUCUACGUCGCGUUCGUGCGCCGAUUCGUCGUUGCCUGCGUCUCUUUCGCUUACACGCGUACACGCACGCGUCUUCUCUCUCUUUCCCUCUCUCUCUCUCUUUCUCUCACUCCCCCUCUCUUUCUCUCUUUCACUCUAUCUUUCUCACUCUGUGUCUCUUUCUUUUUCUCUGUCGCUCGUCCGCUUUUCUCCCCUCACGUAAUCUCUCCUUGUCCCUUUUCGAUCGCCGGCCGAUUUUCGGAUACGUCGUCGAGGUGCGUGCAGGCACGCCGCGUUCGAUCUCGUGAAUGUGCGCGAUCAGGAAGACGGCCGUCCGCAAGGAAACAUGCGUGAACAGAGCUGGAGGACAACGACUGCGACAACGACGAGGAGCACGCUGCACGUGACUGCGGCACCCUCGCACGUUUUGCUGCAGUGAGUGGAGAGAAAGGGAGGAAAAAGAGAGUGAUAGAAACACGUCCUUUCUCCUUCCGUUGUUACGUCGGAGCCUGUGCUUAACGGGGAGUAAAGAGUGCCGGUGGUUGGUGCGGUAUUCGUGAGUUACCGAGGUUCUUUCUCCUUUGCGUGAUCCACGGAGGAGACUACGAAUCCUGGCACGUUUUCGGCGUCGUUCGAACCAUCCGAGAGAAGAUGAGGCGUACCAUCUUGGAAACGAGGAUGCACCCCGUGUUAUCCUGCUGGUGCGUUGUCGCCACCGUCACCCUCGUCUUCGCUGCAUGGCAGGAAAACAUCAGGCCGAAGAUGUACGUCCAACUCGGUGCCGAAGAUGUGUUCAGGUUUACGGGGAACGAGACGCACACAGACUACUUUCGGCUGGUACUCCGGGACGGGAACUAUCUUCUGGUCGGCGGAAGAAAUCUCGUGCACAAUCUGAGCCUGACUGACUUGACCGAGCAACAAAGGUUGACUUGGUACUCGACCGACAGUGACGUGAAGAUGUGCCUGGUGAAGGGCACCCCCGAGGAGAAUUGCCAGAACUACAUUCGCAUCCUCGUCAAGACGGACUCGAACACGUUGCUGGUGUGUGCGACCAACGCUUUUAAGCCUAUGUGCCGCGACUACGGGGUACACCCCGGCAACUAUACGAUCCUGAAGGAGAAGGGAGGCCAAGCGAUGUGCCCGUACGACCCUCGUCACAACAGCACCUUCGUCUACGUAGACGGAGAACUUUACACCGGCACGGUGGCCGAUUUCGCGGGCAUGGAUCCCAUCAUCUAUAGGGAACCGCUGCAGACCGAGCAGUACGACUCCAAGAGCCUAAACGCGCCAAACUUUGUCAGCUCCAUGGCCCAGGGAGACUUCGUCUACUUCUUCUUCCGGGAGACCGCCGUGGAAUAUAUCAAUUGCGGCAAGACCGUCUAUUCUCGCGUGGCGAGAGUCUGUAAAUACGAUCGAGGUGGUCCGCAUCGAUAUCGCAAUAGGUGGACCUCGUUCCUAAAGUCUCGUCUCAAUUGUUCCGUCACCGGAGACUUUCCUUUCUACUUCAACGAGAUACAAUCAACGACGGAACUGAUAUCGGGCCAGUACGGCAAUAAGUCGGCGCAGCUGAUUUACGGCACGUUCACUACCCCAGUGAACAGCAUCAGCGGCUCGGCCGUCUGCGCCUUUUCCUUGCAAGACGUCACCGACACGUUCAAGGGUAACUUCAAGGAACAGAGCGCCAUCAACUCGAACUGGCUGCCGGUUCAGAGUACCAAGGUUCCGGACCCGAGGCCCGGCCAGUGCGUCAACGACUCCCGAUCUCUGCCCGAUCUGACCCUCAAUUUUAUCAACACGCACUCCCUCAUGGACGAGCUGGUGCCGAGCUUCUUCGGUCAGCCUAUCGUCAUACGCACCAGUUUCCAUUACAGAUUCACGCAGAUCGCCGUGGAUCCUCAGGUGAAGACUCCAGGCGGUAAGACGUACGACGUGUUGUUCAUCGGUACGGACAAUGGAAAGGUGAUCAAGGCGGUGAACGCCGAGUCGGCCGACACACACCUGAAGGUCAGCCCUGUGGUGAUCGAGGAGAUCCAGGCGUUCCCGUCAACGGUGCCGGUGCGCGGCAUCAAAGUGGUGAGAGCCUCGCAGGCCGGCGACGGCCUCGAGGACGGCAGGCUGGUCGUGAUCGCCGAUAGCCAAGUUCAGGCGCUCAGGCUACACCGGUGCUACAGUGAUAGGAUCUUGUCGUGCGGCGAGUGCGUGGCCCUGCAGGAUCCGUAUUGCGCCUGGGACAAGGUUGAGGGCAAAUGCCGAGCGUUGGUCGGGCCCGCAGCCACCGAUGCGAGCAGAUUUCUGCAGAGCGUGGCGACCGGACUGCACGCCUCGUGUCCACCGAGCAAAACUUCGAACAAGGACGCGAGCAGCGUCGGCGCCAUCUCCGCCAACCAGAACAAAUUCCCGCAGGACUCGAUGAUACCGAAUAAGGAGGGUCAAGGCGGGGAGAUCAUCAAUAUCAUGCAGGACGAGGAACAGGAUAAUUCGGGUCCGGAGGUAUCAGCGGCAGACUCACCACCGCCGCAGUAUUCCGUAGAGACCCUGGUGAUGGCCGUGGUAGCCGGCGCGUUGGCAGCUCUGUUGGUCGGCUUCGUCGCAGGCUACCUGUGCGGCAGGAAAUGUAGAAAAGACGAGGACGAUAAUCUGCCGUAUCCGGACACGGAGUACGAGUACUUCGAACAGCGUCAAAACGUAAACAGCAGGCUAGCACCGGAACCGAAACUACUGCCCCAGGAGGAAGUGACCUACGCGGAACCGGUGUUGGUUCCGCAGCCUCCGAAGCUUCAUUCGCCGAAAGGGACGAUGCGAAAGCCGCCACCAACCCCGACGGAAACGCUGUUCCAGUUCCCAGAUGGGUAUGGUUUCCGCGGGCCGAGGGACAACUUUGGGACCCUACGAUCCCACCAGGGUGACGCGUAUCGACGCAACGAUGGGUUCGCGACCACCCGCAGCGUGAAGAAAGUUUAUCUCUGAGAAACGAGCGAGGAGGGAGGUGGCCGUCACCGGAGCUUAGGACGGCCAGCGCGCAAUCGGCACAACGCGACCACAGCGGCCAGGAGUAGUCGCGCUGUGACGUCUGGGGGACAGUCGAAUCGCGAACUCGCGGGCCCGAGGGCGCUUGAAUCGCCUUCGCCACCCUCGAGCGUCUCGUCUAGUUCCCCGUCUCCUCCCUCCUCGUCACCCUCGCCGACCCUCGUACCGAUCGCCAUGAGCGGUGGUUCGCCACCACCGCCGACGCCGCCCUGCAGUUACAUCUAUCGAUCAUAGUCGUCGUCGUCGUCGGCGUCGGCUUCCUCGCCGCCGCCGUCGUACUCUGCUUCUUGUUACGCGACGCCAGCAGCAGGGACACCGUUCUACAGUCCCGCUGCGCGUUCCGAUCCUGUAUAGUAGCGUGUGAGCGCUCACUUUCCCUGUUUUCGUUUCCUUUCGUUGCGCGUUCCUUGCGUUUUCGCUUGAUCCUCGGUUGCCUUUCAGUCCGUCGGAAUCGCCGAUACGGGCAUCGGUCGAGUCUACUACCAGGAUUACCGAGUAUCAAUGUCGUCGUCCGACGACGAUUCUUCUCUAGGGAAAGGACUGCUCCAGCAAGAAGGUAAAGCCGGCCGUGUCGAUCGAGCUCGGUAAUCCGGCUCGAUCGUGCUAGAUGGUGCGUUGAGUCGUUCGCAAUGGAACGUCGCGAUCUCCGCCGUUUUAUCGAUAAAUUCCCGAAAACCCACGCGUAGUAUUAUGGCAAAGGUUACUUCUCGUGAAGUCAAUUAAAAGAGACUAUCGUCGGACUCGACUUGCGAUUUUUCUAAUGUUGUAAUAUUUAACGCGAGUGUUUGACAGUGCCAUAAUUGUUCGCGUAAUACUACCGCGUGCCUCGAAACUAAGGGAUACCCGCACCACGCUCGUUUCGUCUCUGUCCCUUUCGAUAGAGGGACGAACGAUCGGAAUCUCUCGAUUCGAUGGUGGACAGGAAGCAGAGGGAGGGAAUGAAACGAAGAAAAUAUAUAUGAAUAUAUGACGUUGGACUUUAGUCGUCACGGCAUCGUGCCAUAAACGUUCGAUCGUUUCCAGUAAAAUCGCGGAGAUCGCCACGUCGCCUUUACGAUGCGUCGGUUAAUUAACAGACUCUCUUUAAGUGACUGAUAGUUUGGCGAAACGGAGUUAUCGCCGAGAGAUUACCACGGCCGAUUUCUAAUUUUAUCGUACGUUUCGGAAACGCGCGUUUCACCACCUGCACAUAUACGUAAUACAGAGAGCAAAUGGGAAUAGAGAAAGAGCUAGAGAAGAACAAGUAUGCGUGAGAGGUGUCUAAAAUUUAACAGAGAGAAAGAAGUUAAAGAGGGAAUGUAGAGAGAGAGAGCUAGCCAUGGAGAGAGCAAACGAAAGAGACAUAGAACUUGUAUGUAAAUAAUACACGUAUAUAAAAAGAGAAGAAACAAAUAACAUAUACGAAGAAGUUUAAGAGUUCUAUGAGCUGCAGAUGCGGAAAGGGAGAAACGAGAAUCAGUCCAUCUAGAACCUGGACCCGAUGAUACACGUAGAUAUCUAUCUUAAAGUGCUUCUUAUUUCAGUGUGUUUAGAAGUAACGCGUAUGUGAUAUAUAUUAUAUGACGAAGUGUUUUCUAGAAGUUGAGAGAAAGGAGGAGAGAAAGCGAAAGAGCGAGAGCGAUGGAGUAGGUGCGAUGGACGCGGCGAUGAUGUACUCGACGAUCCUUUGUUCACAAGAAUUCACCGCUGCGAUAUUACCAACAAUCUGUCGAACGUUUUCGUGAAAAAUUUACAAAAUUUUCCAUCGAGUUUUGUCCGACGCUUUUACCUUCGUUAUAUUCGUUCCUCUUUCAUCCUUUGCGUUUCCGUCUCGUCCCCCAUCGUCCAGUAUAACACCGAUUCUGUGAACAAUCGAGCGAGAGUGUCACGCCGCCUUCGUUCAUUUUUUCGUUGUUUUCUUUGUUCUUGUUCGACACGCACACUAUCACACUAAGUACACAGGACAACGGACUGGCGCGUUUGUUACGGCGUUUUUCUUAUCGCCGAUCCGUAUCGGUCAGCAAUCCGAUCGAUCGGCUGGUCUUUUUCGAUUGAGAAACGAAGGCUCGCCCGACACACGCCCCCUAAAACGGUAAGACUGAUAAGACUCCUUGGCCGGGCGAGCCCCUCCAUCCGUUUAUCGUUGUUAGAGUACCGUUAGAUCGGCAUCGACCAACACGGUUUCCUUUUUCGACAGUACAAAUUUUCAUCGCGUUUCAUACACGAUAUACGUUGGUCUUGUUUCACGAGCAGGCAACGCGGGCGCCCCGCCACUUCUUUCCCUAUGCUUGAAAAUAAAAAAAAAAAAAAAAAGAAAGAAAAUCAACGCGAAGGACUGUGCGGUUUAUCCACGUUCCUGGCAAAAUACUGUCGUUUGCAUGCGUCCGAGAACCUUGCGAGAAGGAGGAGGAUACAGGGCGCUGAGCAUCCUGCGCGUGAAACGACAGGACAGGCUGACAAGAAAAAGGGGACUCGAUUUACACACACAUGCAUUACAUAUACACGCACGCGCGCGCGUACACACACACACACAUACACUACACGUAAUACACGCGUAUACAUAAAUACACAAUCAGACGCGCGCGCAUGUUGACGCAGAGCGCGGACAGCCGCGCGUUUCAAAGCUGCCAUGUAUUAUCGACCCGACGCUUCUCGUCGUUGCAAAAUAUCUAAUUGUACCUCCGGUGUAGGUAGCGUAUUUUUAACGGCUUGUUUUCACUUGGGUCGGUCGGAGGGGAGCGGACGUUUUCUAAGUUUGAUACGAUAUUAAACGAGUUCGCGCUUUAUCCGUUUAAGGUUCUACUAAAUCUCUCCUAAUGUGAUCCUUUUCACGAAUGGAAGACUCAGGCACGAUACCAAAGAUUAUUACUUAUAACUAAGCACACCGUUGCUCUUUGCGAUGAUGAUUGAACGUUAGAGGCGCACAAAAUAACAAAAAGAAAAAAUAUGAAAAGAGGUAACGUUUUAGGGAUUGCUGACCCCUCGCACAAAAUCGAACGCUCCCGAAGUUAACGUUUGAAAGCAACGCGCUCGUAUAACCUCGAACCGUGCGGAUGGUUCUUUCUUUUUUUUUUUUUUUCUGUCUUUUACCCUUCUUUCGUCUCUCCUUUCGACGCGCGCGCUAACGUUCGUUUACUGAUUUUUCUACCAACCGUUAGCGAAUCGCAACGAUUCCUUCCUCCGUUGACUUCGUUGCCGCACGUUAUGUGUUCAUUGCGAGACUACGAAACCCAAUCGGUAGCGUCGUUUUACAAACGCUGUGGCGUUUCGCGCGUCGCUCGAAUCACGGUAUUUCGAUUCGAUUUCUCAAUUGAAAGAGGGGUGAAAGAAGGGUUCGACGAGUUUUUCAACGACGGCGUUGACGAUCCAGCAAUCGGGGGACACACCGAGAUCACGAUUCGACGAAGGCGAAGGGAGAAAACGAUCGAAUCGCGCACGACGUUGGAAUCAAGUAAUGCAUGAAAGGAUGCGAGAGGAGAGAAAGCGUCGCGAUCGUUGCACGUUCGGAGAUAUUUUUCGUGACGGGGAUACCGAGUUAGCAACGUGAUGAAACAAUAAGAGGAAAAUGGCAGGGAUAUUUGAAGGAGGGGGAGAGAAAGAGAGAUUGAAAUCAGAAUUUUAUGAUAAUCUUAACGAUAUUAUAAUCGAACGUUGAUACUUGUAAUAAGAGUUAAAGGGACAAAAAUAGGGAGGGAGACGUUAACAGAGAUUCGUGUUAAACGUGUUCAAAGGAACUCGCGCGUUCGUGUUGUUUAAGCCAAUAAGGAACGGAUUCCAUCCAAGAUAAAAAAAAAAGAAAAAAAAAAACAAACAAAAGGGAAGAUUGAUCGGCGAUGUCGCUUGUUGCGUGAACGACGUUUCUUUUUCUUUCUUCAGCCAUGUUAAUCGAGUUUUCUUCGUUGGAAAACGUGAAAAGCGGAUACGCGAGCGAUAGAGAAAUAGACGUUUGGUGAAAAUUUGCGUUGCCAACGCGUGGCGGCAGGCGGGACGCGAUAAUUUCAUGCAUUAUUGUAUUUCAAUCGCUUAACGAAUUCCAGCAUUUCCAUAUUUUCUAUUCCUGUUUCUUUCUCUUUUCCCUUUCUUUCUUUUUUUUAUCUCUUUUUACUCUUCUUUUGUACACGCCAUACGUUUAUAUUUAAUGGGAAAGCGAAAAACGGAAUGGGAAUAAGGAGAAAAGAAAGAUGAAAGAUAAGGUAGAACGGUGGAUGGAGAUAACGAGAGAAUGCGCGUGUGCUUGAUCGUGAAAAGUUUAGCCAGUUAUUACAAUUAUAAACUGAGAAAAUAAUUAGGUAGAUAUACGGGGUCUUCUCGUUAAAGAAGAAGCGCUCCGAUUAGAUGAUCGCAGCAUGUAUGAAACAAGAGUUUGAUGAUGAAAGCUUAGACAUAAGUAGAGGAUUAGCGAACGGUAUUUAUAUAUAUAUAUAAUAUAUAUGUAUAUAUAUAUAUAAAUAAAUAUAAAUAUAAAUAAAAAAUAUAUAUAUAGAACGCUUGAAACGUAUAUUAAUAUUAUAACUUUUUAUAAAUAUAUUUUUCCGUCGAAGUCUAGCCUAGUUGGAUACAUACACGGUUAUUAACGACUAUUAAUUUAUCCGAUCUGAUUACUAUAUCGAGGAUCUAGCGUUAAUUCGAACAUUUUAGACGUCAUAGUUUUACAUGAUAGACGAAGUUGUACGAAUUGUAAGUGGCUCGAAGGGAGAUUCAAGGAUGGCAGGUGGAGCCGGAGAAUGAAAUGAAAAAAUACAUUAGUACCUAACGUUAUGAAAUUUAACUACUAGCGUUGAGCCACUCGUGGAAGGGUCGCUCAGCCGCUUCUCGAUCAUCCAUCGACGGACGUUACCACGCGAAACUUCGUCGGCGUUUGCGCUCGACGUUGACCUUUCCUCCCUGAGUAUCUGUUGGACGUCGGCGAACGUCGAUGAAAUUGUUCGCUCGCCUAGGAAAAUCGAUCGACGUGAGUGCCCGCGAAGCGACCAGUCGCCCUUUCUCGUGCUUUGUAAUUAAGAAACAAAAGAGUGCGAAAGAUAAAGACAGGCGUCGGAGAGUUAAAGUUAGCGAGUGAGAACGACUAAAAGAGUGCGAGCGAAAGUGUGUCGAGAGAACCAGGAGGAACGAGUACGUUCAUAAUACACGUAUACAUAGACUUGCAUAUACACGAAUCCUUCGUUUCGUUUCUAUUCUUCGGUUCCCUUUUGAUUUUUCCAAAGAAAGAGAGCGAACGAAAGAGAGAUGAAGCGUGUGCGUGAGAAGGGCGCAAGGAGAGCGUGAGAAAAAGGGUGAGAGAAUAUGAGAACGAGAGCCCGCCACCAAGAAUGCCCGGAAUCCUCCUCUCCCCCCAAGCCCAUGACAAAAAAAAAAAAAAAUUGUAACGCGGCACGGGCUCUCGUUUUACGCGUACUGGUACACCAGCGAGCACUAAUUACCACAUGUAACGCUAAUUAAUAAUUACCGAUAACUACCAAGUAAUAAUCAUACUGUUAACUAAAGUAACGAACGCGAUCGCGAUACUAGAGGAUUUCUAAAGGGCGAACAAGAUGAACACUAUAGUAUUUAUCAACGAUAAAGUAACGAGAACGUAACACGUAUUUUGCUUCUUCCUAAUACAGUGCCGUUUACGCUAUUUUUUACUGUAACUGAUAGAGAAAUUCGGCCAAGGAUGUGGCGCGCGACAUUUCGGGGGCGAGCGUGCGGCCACUCUUUCAACAAAUAUUCGCGAGAUCGUGCGAUUCGUCAAGAGCAAGAGAGAGAGAAAGAGCGAGAGCGAAACCAGAGUGAAAGGGAACGAGUCGAGUUUCUAUUUAGUCGGCUAUCGUGAAAACGUGAUGGUCGUGAAACCGUGACUCUGGGUCGUUUUAACGGCGCGCGCGAACGCCUGACACACGGACUCUCGUCGUCUGGGGGACGAAUACGGAACCGAUUAGUCGACGCGGCAAACCCUUUUGUACGCCACCGCGAUUCCUCGGGGCGUUUGUAAAGAUCGCCGAUUCGUACAAGCUCCGACCUUGUCCAAGUAUCGUCGUUUCGAUCAAUCGUUCGCGCAUUUUCCCCGUUGAUCGCCCUGGCAGUCGCUUAUUCCACAUCUCGACAAGUUUCUGCCGUGUAAAACGCGUAUGGGUGCAUCCACUGUCAAUUACAACGGAAUCAACGGCAUAAUUUUCAGUCGUUCUAUAUCGCAUGCUUUCAAACUCCUCUCGUCUGUGACCUCUUCUUCCCGACUUUUUCAUCACGCAGAAACGGGCUACAAACCGCGUCUACAGCGGCAGAAACUCGCGGACGUAGAUGAGUCCUGCUUUGCUUUGGAAAAGCGUUUCGCUGUCACGGGCUGUUCCAGUUUUACAAGUCGCGCGCGCAAAUUUUAUAGGCCCAGAGUCACGAACGUGGGAUAAAAAAAAUAAAAAUGGUAGGGCAGGGGGCCUUUGACUUAAUUAACGCGCGUGAUCGCGUGUCUCGCAGUAAUUUAUUAGUGAGAAUGCCGUUCGAGGCCGAUCGACGACAGGGUGAAAGAGAAUGGGAAUGCGUGAGUGAGAGAGUUGUACGUGUACGUGUGCGAAAAAUCAUGGGGAGAGAACGAGAGUAGUGAAAAUUUUUUGGCGCGACGUUUCGAUGGCGCAAGAAAUUAUUCCAUUUGUUCAUGCGACUACCCGCCAUGGAUUCCGCCGUGGAGCCGAUCGCGGGCAGCCGUACCGAUUUUAAAAGAGUACAGUACCGGAGGAAUGAAUAAUAAUUAAUAAUAAUAUUAAUAAUACUAAUAAUAACGAUAUUGCAUUAAUACCGAAGGUAUAUUAUUGCCGAUAAUUAUAUUGUAACGAUACGAGAAUGAUAUUAUAUAUAAUACUCUUUAUAAACGCAGGCAGGAGAUGAUUAUGCAACGUGGUGAAGUACUGAGGAUUAUAGAGAGUGAACCGUGAACGAGAAAGAGAGAGGAAAAAUGCACGCGCGAGAUCGAGAGAAUGAGACGGACGAAUGGGAGGGAGAAACUGGCAGAGAGAUUGCGACCAGACGAGAGAAAGAGAGAAAGAAAAGAAAAUGAAAGAACGAUAAGUAGUCUUUUUCGCAGUAGGCUGAUGGUAGAGACACGGCACGUCUAAUAUUAACAAACAAAAAAAAAUAUAAUUAAAAAAGUAAAGUAAAAAAUAUCAUAACGCGAAAAAAGAUACAGUAGUAAUUUACUAUCGGCUGACACGUAGUGUGAAUGCUGACAUAGGAGAAGCAUGCUGGCAACGAGUGCUUUUGUGGAUUCCGAGAGAUGGAUGUUUGAGAAGAAAACAAGGUCGGCUCGCUUUCGUCAUCUUUCUUCCGUAAAAACGGUAAGCGCGUCGGCAACGAGAUGCAUCCGAUAGUUACGACGUACAAUAGCCACAUUGUCGAUUCGCCGAUGUAAUUAAGAAAAAGAGAGAUCCGCGUUGGCAUCGAUGGCGUCGUCGACGACACGACGAAAUCGUUACCCUUAGCCUCGUUACGUCCAGCGACAAUGAACGCGAUCGAUACCGGCGAAGAUCUCGGAACGUCACUCGCUUUCCUGCAAACGAGAGAUCCGGCGACAGUGGCGCGAGAAGCAUAAACGAAGACGCGAUGGAAAGGGGAUUCGCUACCAUUACCGUAUUGCGUCUGUUAUGCCUGACAUAGUUUGCUAUUAAGAAAAAGAGAAGGCGAGGUAUUCGUGGUUGAAGAAGCUUACAGAAAACGUAGAGCGGCGAGCUUUCGAACGGAAGAGAGCGCGCCGAAGGGAAAAGAAGCGGCAAGAACGGGAAUAAGGAGGAUGCGAAGGCGAGCCAAAGAGGAAGAUCGAGCAGCAGGAUUGCGAAGAGAAACGAAAGAGUAUGAGGAAUAUUGCGAAAGAGCAAGUGAGAGAAUGAGAGAAUGCUAGAAUACGAGGGUGGCGAGCUAGGGGGAGAAAAUGAAGAGGAGCGAUUGUAGAUUCGGAAAGUCACUUAGCCAGCAGACUGCUGUUCAUAGUGCCCUGUUAUAGUGGGUUCCCUAGGCAGAGCGGCAGAGACGCGAUUAAAAAGCGAAAACAAGAGAGGCGGACAAGAGGAGAGAGGCAGGAGAGAAUCAAGUUGUUGGUGAAGAGCGCGUGGAAGAGGGCGAGGAACGAAAUGUCGGGAAUCGGAUGAAUCGCGCGUGGCCCCGACCAGCGAAUACGCGGAUGCCAGAUUCUUUUUUUUUUUUUUUACUAUUAUUUUUAUUAACAAUCGCGUGGGAAUUUCGAUCGAAGAGAAACGCGAUCGUGACAACGACUAUGUAGAUUAAUCGUGACAAACUCGCCGAUGUCGCGACCGAUAUUCCUUGCUCGUGCCGUGGAUCGAUCCGACCUUUUUGCCCAUCGAAUCUCUGACGUCAGAUAUUUUCUCCCUUUGCAGUCGCGUUUCGAAAAGGUUGUUCGCGGAAUCGCCGUGCCGCUCGAUGAUCGAAAACAACGCGCAACCUCGUUUACGAGCGAUAUCGUGCCAAGAGGUGCGAUAUUAUCGAUUACCAUUACCGCAACCGACUUUGGCAUACUGUACGACCGUUAUCACCGCUCUCGCGUUCAAAGAGACCGAAGCUCGUCGUUGGAUCGUUGUAUUCGAUGAUCGAUCGGUGGCACGGAAUCCGCGCGUCCGUAUACUAUUCGCGAAUCGAUCACGAACGAGGAAGGUAUUGGAAUCGUCGACGAAGCAUUCUACGAGUCUCUCGAGGCUAAUGAUGGUUUGAAGAAAGGAAUCGUAGCUUGGUAAUAACGAGGUACUCCGCUCUCUGCCCACGGGACCCUGAUCUAUUUUUCAGAAUACGCUAUUGUGAUUAUUACUAUAUGAUAACAUUUAAAAAAAAAACACUAAAAUCACAAAAAACACCUUGUACUAUUGUUUAUUAUACGAUUCUGACGAUUAUUAUUUAUAAUGUUAAUAAUCUAUAUUAACGAUAAUUACCGCAUUAUACCAUUAUUAUAUUUAGUACUAUUUAGAGAGUGAGGCUGCUACUAUAUUAAUGAAUUAAGUACUAAGUAACGGAUUAAGUAAUUCAUUAGACUUUAUAUAUAAAUAUAUAAAUAUUACUAAACAUACUCUUCGCGUCAAACUGCGUUUAUCGGUUUUCUCUUCGUAUACACGUUGAUUUCCUAUACAUAUAUGAAAUAUAUAUAUAAAUAUAUAAAUAUAAAUAUACAUAAAGUAUCGAAUAAUCACAGUACGACUGCCUCUGACUCGAUUUUCUUUUCCGGGCGCUUAUUCAGUCGGCGUUACGAACGUUCUUUCGUUUCACCCAUUUACAUUCGACGACUACGUUAUUUUAUAUAUCGUAAUAGACAUAGACUGUACCACGAAAUAUUAAGUAAAAAUAAAUUUGAUUAGGUAAUA